AAGCCAAGUCGAAAGCCAAAGCGUUGGCCAGAAAUCAGUACAGCCAAAGACUGCAAGGCGCUAAGACGGCCAGCAACAACUACAACAAGAAGAAGAGCAGCAACAACUACUCAAGAGAUUCUCAGCCAAGGCAGCAACUAAUUGAAACUACAGGGCAAGAUGUGCGACUGUGGCUGCUACUCGUACUGCUUGCAUGACACCUCCUGCUACUCGCACAGUCACUACCAUUCGCAUUCGCAUUCGCAUCACUGCUGCGCUGGCUACAAGUAUCUGAAGUGCCUAUGUCGCUACUAUAGACACACCCAUUGCACCUGCUCCUGUUGGCGUCGCAAAUGUUAUCUGCUCUAAGCGCCCAGGCUGGCAGAUUGAUCGACAUCAUCAUGGAGACGACAGAAGCAGCAGCAGCACCAAAGAAAUCACAAAGCAAAUAAUGCAAAUCAGCAAACUAUACGAUAAAGUCCUUUAAGUAGUUGCAUAACACUUGGCUGCAUCGAUGCCACCAACAGCAACAGCAACAGCAACAACAACAGCAGCAGCAGCAGAAAGUGAGAGUCGCGAGUGUCCUAGAAUCGAAGGUAAUAGAGCGAGAGAGAGAGAGAGCGAGAGUGAGCAGCGUGUGUGUAGUGUGGAAGCAACUAGCGUGCAUACGGGUCGUAUGUGCAACGUUUUAAGUUGUCAGUGUGUAUGUGUGUGUGCAUGUGUCUCUGUCUCUGUGUGUGUUAGUUUGUUUGCUAUGCGCUGCGGCCAUUUUGUUAUAUGAAACUGCAUUUGGCAUUUCGAUAAAUCGAUAAUUCACCAUGUGAACAUUUUAGUGCAUUUCUCAACACUUAAACCAAAAACACUUUUAAAAACACACACACACAAAUUAUGCACUACAAAGUGACUAAGUUAUACCGUUGUCCAUAAAUGUUAGUUAUAGUCUCUAUUUAACAGUUAUCGUUAUCGAUAACGUUCCGUUGAUAAUUUGUCAUAUUUGUAACGAACAACUCGAAAGCGUCAUUAAUAAAGUUUUAUUCCAACACUAGCGCAACACUUCUCCAUAUUUA